AUGAGCGACCCUUUUAAGAAAGUUAGAAGUUACUGUUUUACAACCUCUUUUACUUAUUUAAUUUCGAUCACCUAUGUGACCAUAUUCCUAGUUUUUGUUAUACAUGCCUUUAGAGACAUUGAAAAUGCCUUUUGGACUAAAGGAAUUAAUGAUUUCAUCCUAAAAGAGAUAAAUAUAGUUAUUCAUAUAACUAUUUACCUUCUGUAUUUUAUAUCUUUAGGGGGUGUGCUUUUAUUACUUUUACCCUUCUUAGAUAAAUCGGUGCAAAAGGGUUAUGAGGAUUGCUCUCCUAUAAUUAGUUUUCUAAUCAACAUUUCAGUUAUUAUUCUUUCUUCCUAUGGCUAUAAAAGACAAAUAGUUGAUGAGAAAUAUAACUUAUCUUCAUCUCCAUUCUUUCAAGCGAUGAUAAUAUUUUCGGUAGGACGGGCAUCUCAUAACAUCCUCACACAAGUUUUACAUCGAGUUUCAAUAAAAAGGUACGAAAAGGACUUGGAAAGUCUUCAACAGCCAUCAAAUGUACCGGUCAAUUCUUAUUCAAUUUUUCAGACACAACAAUUAAACAAUAAUGAAUCCUCUAUCGAGAGUUUUCAUUGGAUUUACAAUUACAGCAAAAUGUUUGCUAAAACAGAAUUAUUUAGAACCAUUUAUUACUUGAUAUUCCCAAUUAUCUCUUUGGCUCUCAAUUUACAAUCUAUGAACAAUGCAAAUGGGAAUAGCGCACAACUCUUAUUAAAAGGGAUAAUUCAUUGUAAUAUAUUUAUUAUUACGAAUUCUAUUGUUUAUAUAAUUAAUAUUAGUAACUUCUUUCAUGGAUUAUCUAUUUUAAGAACGAGUGGAGUCAUUCCAUUGAAUGAUGCGUAA